ACACACACACACACAGGAAGCGCGUGCACCGAACGGCAGCCGCCCGAAGCUCCGCCCACCGUCGUCCCCGCAGUUCAAACAGCACGUCUGCGCGUUCGGUUGACUUGCCUCCAGCCGGACUGUAAUAGGAUUUUGUUUGUGUCCAGAUCCACCACAAGAGCACGAACCUCGCAACCAGGGCAGAAGGGACCUGCUGUGGAAAUCUGCGCAAGGCUAACGCAGUACCGAGUGGCGUGGACGGAAGAGCAGGCAGGAUGUUUAUCUGACAUUGACUUGGCUGCCAGGCAGGCAAACUCGACCAGGUGAGGAUGAUGAUGUUGAAAAGACUGUGCUAGUGCCAGAUGGUUUGGGAAUGAUGGACAUCCCUAAUGGCCAACCCAUUGUCUCCACUGCUAUCACUUCGGAGAAGAGCAGCAGUUCAGAGUCUCUGAGUGACAAGGGCUCGGCUGAGCUGAAGAAAAGUUUCGAUGCUGUUGUCUUUGAUGUGCUGAAGGUCACACCAGAGGAAUAUGCAGGUCAGAUCACACUUAUGGAUGCUCCAGUGUUCAAAGCCAUCCAGCCUGAGGAACUCUCAAGUUGCGGCUGGAACAAAAAGGAGAAGCACAGUUCGGCUCCGAAUGCCGUGGCUUUCACACGAAGAUUCAAUCAGGUGAGUUUCUGGGUGGUGCGGGAGAUUCUUCAUGCCCAAACUUUGAAGAUCAGAGCUGAGGUUUUAAGUCUCUACAUCAGGACAGCAAAGAAACUGUGUGACAUGAAUAACCUCCAUGCAGUGAUGGCAGUGGUGUCGGGUUUACAGAGCGCUCCGAUUUUCCGACUCAGCAAAACAUGGGCUCUGCUGAGUCGUAAGGACAAGGCGACAUUCGAGAAGCUGGAGUAUCUGAUGUCUAAAGAAGACAAUUACAAGAGACUGAGAGACUACAUCAGCAGCCAGAGUAUGACGGCCUGCAUACCUUAUCUAGGUAUGUAUCUGUCUGAUCUCACCUACAUAGACUCAGCGUAUCCCUCCACCGGCAGUAUUCUGGAAAAUGAGCAGAGGUCCAACCUGAUGAACAACAUUCUGAGAAUCAUCUCAGACCUGCAGAGAUCUUGCGAAUAUGAUGUACCUGAAUUGCAGCAUGUCCAGAACUAUCUCAACUCGGUUCACUACAUUGAGGAGCUACAGAAGUUUGUGGAGGAUGACAACUACAAGUUGUCUUUAAAGAUUGAGCCAGCCACUAGCACACCACGCGCAACUGCCUCUAGAGAAGACCUCGUAGGUUCGGAUGCCUCCGGUUCACCCUUGUGUGGUCGUCGUGGCAACUCUGCCGAUGGCGGCCUGCCUAAAGUCCCAGGUACUCCACCUUCCCCACGCAACCUCCUACCCUACGGACACAGGAAGUGUCACAGCCUGGGCUACAAUUUCAUUCAUAAGAUGAACACAGUGGAGUUUAAGAGCGCUACAUUCCCCAACGCUGGAUCCAGACACCUGCUGGACGACAGCGUACUGGAGAGCAACACACCUACACGAGGACAAGCAGAGAGCUCCACUCUGUCCAGUGGCAUCUCACUUGGAAGCAGUGAAGGAUCUGAACUCAGUGAAGAAAUGUCUUGGCCUGCAUUCGAAAGGACACGUUUCUACCACUCUCUGGGCCCAGUGACCCGAGUAGGCCGCAUCUCCUGCAGAGGAGGCCCCAGGCCCAGCAGCUCAGCCGAGUCUGAGGAGCUGGCGGUGCACCUGUAUCCAGGAGCAGUCACUGUCCAGGGAGUCUUACGCAGGAAAACUAUCCUGAAGGAAGGCAAGAAACCUACGGUGGCUGCGUGGACUAAGUACUGGGUAGCGCUGUGUGGUACUCAGCUCUACUAUUACACUGCCAAGUCUCUCAAAGCCACUGAGAGGAAGCAUUUUAAGUCGACCUCGAGUAAGUGUGUCCCCGUGGUGGGGUUGAUGACCAUGAUGGCAGAUGACCCGGAGCAUCCCGACGUCUUCCUGCUGACCGACUCGGAGCACGGAAACUCGUACAAGUUCCAGGCAGGGAACAGAAUGAACGCUUUGCUGUGGUUUAAACACCUCAGUGCAGCAUGUCAAAGCAACAGACAACAGGUUCCAGCAAAUCUAAUGUCCUUUGAAUAAACGGUCCAAUCAGACGGCAAGAGAACUGUUUAAAAGGCUGGUGCUAAACGACAGUAGAGAAGAGGUUGAGGAAUGGGGGGAGUGAGAAGAGAGAAGAAAAGAGCAAAGAGGAGAGAAGCAGAGUGGAGAGAGUAACUAUUUUACAGUAGCUUUUCCACUGCCAUCACCCAGCCUCAGAGUCUCACUGCAAAGCCCUCCACCACCACUGCCUUACAGAUUGGAGUGUGUGUGUGUGUGUGUGUGUGUGUGUGUGUGUGUGUGUGUGUGUGUGUGUGUGUGUGUGUGUGUGUGUGUGUGUGUGUGUGUGUGUGUGUGUGUGUGUGUGUGUGUGUGUGUGUGUGUGUGUGGCCCUCUUUCCACUGACGACCCCCCCCCCCCCCAAUCCCUUUCUCUACCAAAGUGAGGAACUCUGUACCUCUUACUCAGAACAUCAUCUGUUCCAGUCUCUCACCCAGAGCUCCAACUGGAUAUCUGGGUCUUGGAUCCAUCCUCCCUUCAUUUCUUUCUUUCUUUCUUUCUUUCUUUUUUGUUUUUUUUCUCCACCCCAACUUUUAUGUCCUGUUCAUGUGGCUAAACAGCUGGGCCCAAGCACCAUUCACCAGUGGAGUGAAAUUCUGAGCUCUUCUCCUCUUCAUGCCUCGAACAUUCCACCAGGACACGGCAGGACCUUUUCCUCUCUACUACGGAGACCGCCACAUUUUAUGCCAAACCGCCACACUCUCACGCUCUCGACCUCACUUUUGUCCUCGCUCGCUCGCGUACGCACGCACGCACGCACAUAGUCUCACACGUCGAUUCUAUUCAUACACUUGAGUUGGGCUCAAGCAAGCAUGACACCAGAUUUUCCAAAUGCAGGUUUAACUGCGGGGAUGGAAGUGUCUCAUUUGUUACAACCAUUUCUGAAAAGCAACUGAAAAAAAGGGCUCUGAUACUCAAUGAAUUUCACAUAAAAAGUAUUCUUUAAAACGCAUCACCCUUUUUGUUAUCUUAGAGAUUUGUAUAAAUGACAUCUGCAUUCACUCGCACUAAUACACUCGCUCACGGAGUCACGAGUGUUGGGGAGAAAGACGAGGAGUUAUUUUGUAUUCAGAGGCACUUAAGUCAUGUGUCUUAAGAAAGAGACGGUUUGUGUGAGGGGAAGAGAGCAAAAAAAAUGAGGAAGCUGAAUGUAAAGAUCGAUUUGAGUUUAAUUACCCAUGUUUGGGUGGGGAAAGUAUGGCACAGGGGGGGUGUGGGGGUGGGUCGGGGGUUCAGGUUUCUAUAGCAGGUGCUCUUUAUGGUACGACUGAAGCUGAACAAGCCUUGAAACAUACUUCAUGUGUACAGUCUUUAAUUUUUUCUCUCUUUCUGUCUCUCUCUAUCUCUCGCUGUCUCUCACUCUCUCUUGCUGUCUCACUCUCUCUCACUCUUUUUCACUGUCUCACUCGCUCUCGCUGUCUCUCUCUCGCUCUUGCAGUCUCUAUCUCUCUCGCUGACUGUCUCUCUCUCUCUUUCCCUUUCUAUCCCUUUCUUGCUAUCUCUCGUUCUCGCUCACUCUCUCUCUUUCUCUCUCUCUCUCUGCCCCUCUCCCCCUCUCUCUUGCCCCCGAAUCUAAUAUGUGGGAUGUUUGCCUACCAGGACACACCCAUUUUUCUUAUUUACUUGAAAGCUGUGAAUGUCAGUUGGAUUUUUUUUUUCCCCUGUAAUCUCAGUGGCGCUUUAACUUUAUUUCCUUACACCUAUAGUUUGUUAAAGAAGAUAGGAUUAAAAAAUUGAGACUGUUAGACGUGGGUGUGGCUGCAUGUGUUUCAGUAACUUUACAAUGACAACAGAAAAGAUUCACAGUUCAUACAUCGAAGCUAUUCGGGAGCCAUUUGCUUUUGGUUAUUUUAUUAUUUCAGUUUACAAGUUUUUUGUUGUUUAUUUUUGUUUGCAGUAUUACAGUAGACAAUACAGGUUCCACUGCACUGGUCUUAGGAUGUUUUAAUUGUCUGUUACAUUUUGUUCUGUCUUUUUACGGUUUAAUUUCUGACAUGUUUUAAAUUUUGUGCUUUUUGUCUGGUUUUAUUUGGUCUUUUUGGGGUUUUUUUUUUGUGCUCAUUGUAAAUGUAUUCAAGUGGGAGUUUACUUUUCCACAGCACAUGACUAAACAUCGGGGUCAAGCUUAGACUGUGUAGAGGAAGAAUUUUUAAAUGCGUUAUGUACUUCAGACUACCGUGUAAUCUCUAGAAGACUUCCGCUGGAAGGCUUCUCCUUCAUGUAGUCAAGUUUUACACCAGUGUAUCAGCUCUACAGGGAACAAGCCAGGAGGUGUGUGUGAGGCUUUGAACCAAUGAUGAGCAUUCGAGUUCAAAGGAGACACAGUUCAGACCGGACAGAUGAAACUUGUUUACCAUCCUUCCUUUUCAUCUUGUUUACUUUCCUUUUUUUUUUUUUUUAAUAGUUUGUUGUUGUUGUUGCUUUUUCCUCCCCACACAUUGGCUCUCUUCUCCAGUCACCUAAGCAUUUCUUCUGCCAGCAAUAUUUUAACGGUGCCUCAGAUCCUGGUUCAUAAGCUAGUUUAUAAGCUUCUGGCGAGUUUUUCUUCAGUGUGUGAUCCAAAUCGGUUGUAUAAUUAUUCUGGUCAGUUUCUUGUCCAGGACUGUUAGAGAAUGAAGAAAUGAAUUGAACAGUAUUAGAAGCUCAACAUUGCGACUUAAUAUUGCUGCGUUACUAUAUUGUGCUGUAAAAUCCACUCAUCGAUGGCAUGCUUGUUUGUUUGGAGUUUAGAGAAAAGCGCGUUGGAAUUGUUUUGAGCAAGACCUGAGUAAUAGCCACACACACAGCGGAGCAAAACGUGCUUAUGCACCGAGCUUGACACAUAUUUCCUUUAUAAGAAGCCAUAUUGGCUCAGAUCAGGAGUUUGCAUAAGACAUUGUGGUUUUGGCUCAGGUUUCCAGGCAGGAUGAAGUCAGUCUGCCGUGAUGGAGCAGUUCGGGAGCUCGCGCGUUAUCUUUUGUAUGCGGCUGAGUGCGUUUUGCAUUGCUCUUUUUUUUUUACCCCCAAGUCGCGAUAUGUCACUGAACAUUCACUGCACACUUUUUAAAGGCCGGAGGCGAGUGCAGCACGUGUUGGGUUUAGAGUUUUAUUCCUUUAACACAUUUAUUCAGACUACUGGAAGGUGGUGAAAAGGGAACAGCAGCGUGUUCGUGCGCGUAAAAGCAAGUGCUUUUCAAGUACGCCACAUAGUCAAACAUUCAUGUGUUUUGUUAUUGUUAUACUUUCCCUCCGUGUCUCGCAUCCAUUCUUUAUAUUAUUUUCCAUCAGUUCAGAGCUUAAGCUGCUUUAAACGGUUGAAAUGGAAAAGCUAAAUGUCCAGACCUGAACAACAAAUACAUGCUGCAGCAAAUCAUAAUCACUUGCGCAGAGAAAAAGGUGACUGGGGUUAAUAAAACCCAAACUCUUUUCUUUUACUUCUGAAUGUCUCUGUGCAGAGACAUGAAAUGGUACUGAGAUUGUGGUUAUAUAGGAUUCCGAAAUCUGUCCAGAUGCCUUUGGUGUAUGGAUGUUUCUCUAGAGAAAAAUAACCAGCUCUCUGAGCUCAAGUUAUUUAGAUGAUUGGAAUCAUUUUUUUCUGUGUAUUGUAUGUUGAUUUUUUUCCCCCAGCCAUUUUCAUUCUUUGAGACAUUUUCUGGACGUCACACAUAUAACUUAAACUAACACUGUUAUUAUAUAUACAGUAUAUCUUUUACAAAUGCACAAACAUCUGAGAGAUUUUUUUUUCUGUAGCUUUACUUUUAGCUCCAUUGACCUUCAUGAGACAGGAUAAAAUGUGUCAUGAAUUGAUUUUACUCUGUGUGAACCGCUCAGCUGGGGAACGUUUCAGGAGACGGCAGUCUGUGUCAUCCCAUCUGCAUUCAUUCUGCAAACUCCUCCAGCCUCCUGUCCUGUAACCCAAGGCACCGCUAUGACCUCUGACUGUAGAGAGAUGCGCUCUUGGGUUCAGGGGCAAAACCAAUAAACACGUGUGUUCCUUUUUCUAAA